AAGUGAAAUUUAGAUUGGACUUUGGUCUGAUCUUGUUCUUACACGUGGUUGCAUGAGAGUGGAAGCUCCGAGACAACUCCGUUCACCAAGGUCAAUGGUAAAACCUGUUUCGAGAGCUAAUCCUAGACACCAGUCUUCCGAGUCGUCAGGAACAUCUAGACAGAGGAAGGAACAUGCGGAUAUAUUGGAUAAACGGUUUGGUAAUCUUACUCCAAAGUCUGGAUGUUUUUGGUUUGGAAGUGACAACAACAUUAGGUGUGAUCAAGGGAUCCCAGAGACAAACUAAGGCCAACAAAAUCGAUUAUGUGGCCUUUACGUCGAUCCCUUACGCCCAAGCACCAGUGGGUUCCCUGCGAUUUUUGCCACCUCAACCAUUGGAUAAAUUCGCAGAUGUUGUAGAUGGAUCUAAGACCGAGUUUCCCAUCUGUCCCCAGCUGACUUGGCCAACUCACGAGGGCCUUCAAGUUUUGCCCGUCAAAGGCCAAGAAGAUUGUCUAUAUCUCAAUGUGUUCGUACCAAAGUCUGCCAUAAAGGCAAAUAAGAAACUGCCAGUUAUGGUGUUUAUCCACGGAGGUGCGUUUAUCGUCGGUUCGGGUGGAUUAGAAACGGCCAGUCCAGAGCCGUUCUUGGAAACCGAAGAGGUUGUGUUUGUGACCUUCAAUUACCGCUUGGGUCCUUUGGGAUUUUUGUCCACGGAGGACGAAUUUCUACCGGGUAAUAACGGACUCAAGGAUCAAAUCAUGGCAUUGAAAUGGAUUCAGGCCCACAUUUCUGAUUUUAAUGGCAACCCUGACUCGGUGACCUUAAUGGGGAGUUCUGCCGGUGGCACAUCCGUCAUGAUGCUAAUGAUCUCUGAGGCCGCCACUGGCUUAUUUCAUCAAGGCAUCAGUCAGUCUGGUCCUCUUCUAAACAAUCCCAGCACAUAUUUGGGAGAGAGCCCUGCAUACUUUGCCUCGUCCCUCAUUGAAGCCGUGAACUGUGAUGGAAGCCUUCCAACCAAAGAGGUUCUCAAGUGUCUCCAAGCUCUGGAUGUCAUGGAUAUUGUGGAACACAGCAACAUGUUCGAGCGCUUUUUUAUUACUCCGAAUCCUUGGAAACCGGUGUUAGAUUCCAACUAUACCAAGCAACCCAUUCUCAAAGAAGACCCUAGAGUUCUUAUGUUAAGCGGGAAAUUCAAUCAGAUGCCAUUGAUUAUUGGUUGGGAUAAAGACGAGGGGUCCUUAUUCAUGCCACAGUUCCUGAACAACCCUGAAAGAGUCAACGAGGUCAACGAGAACUUUGACGUACUUGGCCCGAUCUUAUUGCUGGGAGGAGACGAACAUUCGACCUUAGAUGAGGAUUCCAACACCGCAAACAUCAUCAAAAGCCAUUAUAUGGAUACCUUUUCGGGUGGUUUAGAUAUGGAAAAGCUGCCUGAAAUGAUCCGGAUGUUCUCCCAUGCCAGAUACAUUGGUCCAAUUCACUCAGAUGCGGCAAUCCUGUUGACAACGGCCCGGAAACCUGUUUAUCUUUACGAAUUCGCGUAUCGGGGUGCACAUACGUUUACGGAUGUUCUUUUGAGAAAUGACCAAAGGUCCAUGCCAGAUAUGGGUGUUUGCCAUUGUGAUGAGAACUAUCUGCUAUUUAACAAACCAGGUUCAGAGUUGCCAUCUCAGGAUAGAGCCAUGUCCAAGAGACUUGUGGGAAUGUGGGUGAACUUUGCCAAAAGUGGCAUCCCCCAUUCCGAUUGGAAACCUUUGGGAUAUGAUAAGGCCAACAAUGAUCCGGAAUACGCGGUAUUGGACGAUAAGCCGGUUCGGAUGAAGUAUGACGCACGUUUCAAAAAGGAUAUGACCUUCAUGGAGAGCAUGUUUGGACUUAUGCAUUCGUAUCGGUUCUUCGAUUUUGCCAAACAUCCGGCCUUGCAAAAUUUGUUGAAGGCCCAAGAGGAGGAAGCUAUAAAAGAUGGAGACGGAGUCACCGACGAAGUCGGCAACAUUUUUGGAGACUCUCAUGACGAAUUAUAAGUAGAAAAGACAA